CCCUGCUGGUGUGUUAGCAGGUGUGCAGCAGCAGGAAGAUGUUUCAGGAAUUUUAACUGGGCAUCAUCAUAGAGCACAAGUCCAGUUGUACGAACAAAGAUCCUCAACACAUGACAGUUAACGCUGAUUUGGAUCAAACCAGAAUGGAGUAGUUUGUGGCUCGUCUAAUACCGGAAGUAAACAGAGGAGCAGUGGUGCUGGAAACCUGAUGGUGACACAAUGGGGAUCACCAAACUGGCAGAUCUGAUCCGACUCCAUGCUCCUGGUGCUAUAUUUCAUAAGGACAUCAGUGACUACACAGGAAAAGUGAUCGCACUGGAUACCUCUAUUGUUGUGAACCAGUUUCGUGCAGCGACGCCUUCACUAAGCCCCCUGACAGGUCUCUUCUUCCGCACGCUCACCUUCCUGGAACAUGACAUUAAGCCUGUCUUUGUGUUUGACGGGAAGCCUCCUGGGGAAAAGACAGCUGUUCUUGAGAAGCGAGCUGAGGCAGCUGGUUGGAAGUCUCACAACCGCACAGGCAUAGCAUCAUCCCAGACCAAAGAUUGUCUCCAGCUCCUGAAGCUUCUGGGUGUACCUGUCAUCCAGGCUCCAGGGGAUGCUGAGGCCAUGUGCGCCCACCUGGUGAGAGACGGAACUGUGGACGCUGUGGCAUCGGAGGACAUGGACACACUGCCGUUUGGAGCCAGUAUUCUCAUUCGCCAGCUGAACGCCAAGAAGGACAGUGAAGUCAUUGAAUAUUCUUUACCCAAGCUGCUAGAGAGACUCCAAAUUAGUCACAAGGAGUUUGUCGACCUGUGUAUUUUGCUGGGCUGUGACUACUGUGACAAGAUAGCAGGUUUGGGUCCUAAGAGAGCUCUGACACUGAUCCAGAAGCAUCGCACUAUUGAGAACGUGGUUCUGCAUGUCAACAGAGAGACCCACCCUGUGCCACAUUCCUGGAAGUACAAAGAAGCACGGAUGAUAUUCUUGGAUGCACCGCAGACAGUAGCUCCUGAACUCACCUGGACUGAGCCAGAUGAGGAAGCCCUGGUCGGGUUCUUCUGUCACGCCACAUACGUUAAGGAGGACAGAAUCCGUCGUCGGAUGGAGAAGUUCCGUCAGAUGCGGGAAGGUAAACGGGAGGAGAGGGAAAAGGAGAGAGCAGCAGGACGCAGCAAGCAGACUCGCAUGGAGGACUUCUUUAGAGUUACUAGGAAGAGGGAGCAGCCCGUGGAAGUUGCAGACCCUUUAAGCAGCAACAGGAAGAGACCAAAGUCACAAUAAGGCCGCCACCAUCUCCUGCUUGCUGCCUUCACCAUUGAAGUUGGAAGCUGUUUUCAACGCAGUCCAGAUAUCUCAAACAAUUAUGAAACGACAUUAACAGACAAAUCUGUGAUUUGGAUCUUGAGUUUCAAGCUCUAAUGCUUCAUUCCUGUUCUGAUGAGAGACUCCAUUUCAGUGACUAAAUGAUGUUCCAAGUAUUCUGAUUUUACCUUCUGUAGCGCUAAUAAUCAACAGACUUCACCAGUUUUUGUUGGAUCAUGGUUUCACAUUUGGAGGAGACUGUGCUUUUCCAAGUGCCUUCUACUUUUAUUCCACCGCCAAAUUCAGAAGAAGCCAAAACAAGCGCCUCGCAAGACACUGACUUCAAGUCGUUUGUCUCUGCAUGGGAGCACUACCCCCCACUGACAAUACAAUAAUCUGAUCCUGUCUUAACAGCAGUGUCUGCAACAAUGCAGUUCACUGAGCAGUUCUUCAGCGUGUCCAGCAGUUUCCUGUAAAGCCACCAAGAAAAGCAGAGCAGGCGGUGGAUGGCUAUGAAAGAGAACAGUGUUAUCACUGUCAGGGAGGCCUUACACCAGGCCAAAACUGGAGACAGGGGAUGUCUCAUCACUAGAUAUUCAAUGAGCACCUGUUGUGUGACGGGUGCCAAGGCAGGGACUAAAGACUUGCAUUUUAAAACAUGCAGUAAAGUGGUGUCAUGUCUGAAAGAGACACUGAGAUGUUUAUUAAGAAGGGUUUAUUUUGAAAAAUACUGUAAAUACAGGCACUUUAUGUUUUACAGUUGUAUGUUAUAUGCAAAU